GCAGCUGGUUUACUUCUGGCUUCGUGGCUCAUUGAAUUGCUCAGCUAACGUUUAUUUGUCGAUAACGUUAAAAAAGCGUAAGGAGAAAAUGUCGUAUCUAUUAGCCGCGUUUGUAGCUGUGGUUCUUCUCAGUUCGGAGGCUUUUGGGAAAACCGUGACGGGACUUUUUAAGAGCGAAGUAGCGAGACAGCAGAAUGGCCAGUUCAUCACUAAAUUCAUGUACCAAGGUGCUAAUGGUCUGCUGGUGUGCAGGCUGGACAACUCCGCUCUGGCUACCGAGAAGGAGUCCAGAUUGCUGCUUUAUCAGGAUAUGGACUCAGACCUGGACAACCUCAGCUGCUCCGAAAGGCUCUCCAGAGCUCAGUUCACCAUUUCUCUCAGUCAAGAAGAACACAACCAGACGAUCCCUCGUCAGUCCUCGCCCACAGCCUGGCAGGCCCUGUAUGCUGACAGAUACACGUGUCAGGAAAGUGCGGUGAUCCCUUCUCACGCUGAUCUCAGUUUUACUGUCUUGCUGUUCAACGCCGACUCAGCUGGAAAUCCUCUGGAGCACUAUAGCGCGGAGGAGGCAGGUCUCCAGAGUUUUUACUUCCUCCUGCUGCUGGCCUACUUUAUAGCCUGCUGCAUCUACAUCCAGCCUCUGUACCAGGCUCUGAGGAAAGGAGGGCCCAUGCACACCGUCCUCAAAGUGCUGACCACAGCGCUGGCGUUACAGGGCUGCUCCGCUCUCUGCAACUACAUCCACUUAGCCAGGUAUUCCAGAGAUGGUAUCGGUAUUCCGCUGAUGGGCAGCCUGGCAGAGUUCUGGGAUAUGGUGUCCCAGGUGUCCAUGCUUUACAUGUUGCUGAGUCUGUGUAUGGGUUGGACUCUGAGCCGGGGCAGGAAGCCUCAGUCCAGACCUCUUCAGUGGGAACAGUCUCCGGCUUCCACGGCUGUCGCUGUCGGUGGAGUCGUUACACAGGGAGUGUUGCUGCUGUGGGAGCAGUAUUCAGAAUCCGAGAGUGAGCACCACAGCUACCACGCCCAGCAGAGUCUGGCAGGGCUCCUCCUCAUGGCUCUGAGACUGGUUCUGUCCCUCCUCCUGGCCUCUGUCCUCUACCAGAUCAUCUCCACUGAGAGGAGCACGCUGAAGAGAGACUUCUACCUCUGCUUCGCGAAGGGAUGCUUCCUGUGGUUCCUCUGCCAUCCCGUCCUCUUCCUCAUGUCUGUCAUCUUCAACGAGCACCAGAGGGAGAAGGUGGUGACUAUCGGUGUGAUCCUCUGCCAGUCCAUCUCCAUGGUGAUCCUCUACCAGCUCUUCCUGUCCCGCUCUCUCUACUGGGAGGUCUCCUCUCUCUCCUCCGUGUCUCUGCCACUCACCAUGUCCAGGUCAAACCACAGGGGGCGCUACUGAGCACAUCCACUUAUCACGCUUUGCCUGAUCAUCAAGAGCGAGGAGGAGGAAGACCUCCUGAACACGAAGACAAAGCACAGAAGACAAAAAGUGCCCUAACACUGCAGGGAUGGUUCUCCUUUGCUGGUUCUGUUUCCUGGGAGAAAAGUAAUAGCCACUAGUAAGCAGGGGAACUAUAGCAGGGGUCACAGAAUGACCAGAGGAAGAUAUUUACAGCAACACCCUACCUCUAGUUACAAAUUAUUUUUGACUGGAACUGGCAUCCGUUAGCGAGCUAGAUGUCAAGAAUGAACAAAUAAAGUCAUUUUGGAAACUUGCUCGCAUACAAUGCAGCAGGCCGAAGGUAGACAUGGUUGUUUGGACCUCAAGGACGCAAACCCUCAAUUAGCAUACGUUUCUGUCCAAUGAAACACAAAUGCAGCCAAUCACAGAUUUACUGUAAAGGAAAAUACAAAGCACAGGGAAACACCACUGUUUAGUUGUGGUGAUAGAUUUAUGGAUGCAGGGAUUUAAUGUGGGGUACAGGGUGGAGAGCAUUCUUAUCCUGCUCAUUAAACUAGAGUUGGAUUAAACCGCCAAAGAGGUGAGGAAAGUUUUUCCUGUCUUAAUCCCGUAAAAAGUCAAAACCAACAAUUGACCCUGCCAAAUUCCCACUCGGUUCUUUGCUCUGCGCUUAAAAACUGUACAGCUCCAGAAAAUACAUUAAACCAACUGUUGAAGAAUUAUGCUACAGUAAGACAAUUGACCCUUCCUAAAUUUGCCGAUUUUAAUCUGUGCUCCAAUAACAGUUGAGCAAGCCUGAGCCAGAACCUCAGUCGAUGUCUUUCUUUCCUGUACUAAGAUAUGCUAUGUGCUAGGCUCGUCUAUGCUGAAAAGACAACCACAUUUUAAAGAUGAUUAAAAGAUAGAAGUGACCUAUAUAUAGCCACACAGUUAGCUAAUGAUACUAAAACACUAGCUAACUAGCUAGCUAAUCUACUAAUCAGUUAAUAGCUAGUUAAUCAGUUGUUAACUAGCUAGUUACAUCGGAAAGCUAAUGUUUGCAAAUGCUAGCUAGGUAAUUUACGUCUCUCAUUAGCUAGCUAGUGUUUGGCUAACAAUAGCUAAUGUAAGAUGUGAGAUAUAUAUGUUGCUUUUAUCUUUUAUCUUUAGUCUUUUCCAUAAAGACUAGCGCACAUAGCGUAUAGUACAGGAGAAGAGAAAGUAUAUAUACGGUGUAUAUAGUCACAUCUUCAGUUAUCUAAUGCAAAACCUUAGCUAACUAACAAUUAAUGUAAUGUAGCUAGCUAGUUAGCUUGCGUUUUUGCUAAUAUUAUCUGAUUGAGGCUUACUCAACUGUCAUUGAAGCACAGAGCAAAAAGGAGCGGGGUUUAUGAUGGGCCAAUUGGUGAAGGAAUGAAAGAACAUGUUACCCACUGCAGCAGUGUGGCUUAUUGAUGUGUUUUUCCUAGUUUUUGAACAGCAAUGGAGCUCUCUGGCACAGAGGAAGGAGAUAUUGCGGCCUUUGAUACACACACAAUACCUGUUAGCGGGAUGAGUUCAUUGUAGGUUUUCGAAGAAAUUGUUUACAGUGAGAGAACAGAUGAAUUAAUGCAUAGAUCAGUGGAUCAGUAUGUGCUACGAUUGAUAAGUUACUCUGAAUAAAGAGAUGGACGUAAAGAGACAAUCGAAUAGACUUUAGAGAUGAUGGACGAAUACAUGUUAAGAUAGAUAUACUGAAGAAUGUACAGGUGGAAGGAUGGAUACAGUUUGGACAGUUAUCUUUGCAAAGCCAAAGUGAUCAAUGUGAGCCAAAACAUAGGUGUGUACAUCACAGAUCAAGCUGUACCGAUUAUUUUGUUAUACUUCUUUCUUCACUAUCUAUGAGCUGACAGCAUGUGAAGCCGAAACACAUUACAUUCUUUUUCUACUUUCUUUUUUCCAUGCAUUGUAUCACAAACACAGGAGCACACUACCUGGACUCUAAUGCCUCCCUUCUGUGUGAAUGGGAGUGUUAUGUUAAAGAAGAUCAGGAGAAACCAAAGUCUAUUAAAAAGCUACAGGCAUGUAGCAUGUAGAAUUCCACUGUGUAAAUACAUUCCUGUGAUAUUCCCAAUUCCACACUCACACUCUCACUUUCUCACUUCCAGCUCUGGUAUGGCUCCACUGUGACUCAUUAAAGCAGGGCCUUCAUUAGCGGGAACAGGCCUGUAGUUUCAUUUAAGACUUUGACACAUUUCAUAAGGUGGAAAAUAACGCUCCACUCAACAAACCAGACAGCUGACAUGGAUUUUUGACGUAUUUAUUCGUUGUGUAUUUAUUUUUCAACUUGAAUUAUAAAGAAGCUAAAUCAGUUACUGCAAAGUUUCCUGUCUGAUUUCCAUGUUUCAUUUCCACAUAGAGCAGGUAACCAUAAAAACAUACUGACCCAGACAUAUAUCCAAGGCUUUUUAAAACUUGACAGAAAAAGCUCAACUCAAGAUAGCUUUUUACAACUCUAUCUGCUGAUGAAGAUGUGUUUGGAAGCUUCAGGAAAAGCCAGUAAGUGGACCUUGAGUUGGGGUUUUCCUGUAAACAAACAAAUGUUAUGUUCAUAGUGUUUCUCACCAAAAUAUAUUUUGUGUAUCCUUAAUGUUGAACAAACAUGUU